GUGGUGGAGAAAGCGCCGUGGUCUGCACGGGGUUCUGCCCUAGCCAGUGUGGGGUGUGGUCCCUAGGGCAAAGGAGAGGGUGUGGAGGCUGAAGAGCAGAGACUUUUAAAUUUGUUUCAUUAAGUCCUGUGCCCGGCGGGCGCGAAGAGGCCGGAAGUUGCACCUCUGGAUGUGUAACUGGGGAGUGCAAGAGGGUCUCUGGUUAUCUCAGGAAUGUAGAGGAGCUGCGUAGAGAAUUGCGCGAUGAUGGGAAGCUGAACUGGUUUCCAGAAAGGCGAAGCCAGGGCCUUGUCCUCUGAGCAUUUGGCAUGUUUGCCCGUGGUCUUAGUUUGCCGCCCUGUUCUCCAUUUGGUGCCGUAAAGUCGGGGACAGUGUCUUACGUACCCUGACUUUAACAAACUUGGCCGCGCCUGGUGCCCAGCAAACAUCCCAUGGUGAAUAAUACUUUGAUUCAUUCACAAAUAUUUACUCCACUCUUGUCAGGUAACUCGCAGUGUUCUCGGCGUUGGGGAUACAGCAGAGAACAAAACAGCUGAUAGAGAUCAAUCUAAAGUCAGCAAUCAAGUAUUUUUUCUCCUGGUGUACAUAGGUGAGAGAUUCUGUGGGGUACCUACCUAUGAAUGAAAUUGCCAAAUCAAAAGGAAUUUCUUCACAUGGCUUCCAAAGAAGUGACCAUCACAGUUCGCCUCAUUCGUUCAUUUGAGCAUCGAAAUUUCAAACCUGUGGUAUAUCAUGGAGUUAAUUUGGACCAAACUGUAAAGGAAUUUAUAGUAUUUCUAAAGCAAGAUGUUCCUUCAAGGACCAGCCUGCCACCACCAUUCAGAAAUUAUAAAUAUGAUAAAUUAAAGAUUAUUCAUCAAGCACAUAAAUCAAAGACAAAUGAAAUUGUGAUGAGUUUGGAAGAUGAUGACAGACUCCUAUUGAAAGAAGACAGUACUCUGAAAGCAGCUGGAAUAGCCAAUGAAACUGAAAUUGCAUUCUUCUGUGAAGAAGAUUAUAAGAACUACAAAGCUAAUCCCCUUUCAUCCUGGUGAAAACCUCAUGGGGGCUUCCUUUUUGCAUACCUAUAUUAAGCUCUUUAUUCCACUAGUGAGUUUUGAAAUUGAGAAAUAAACUUUAAAAAUUAAUCCCA